GACUGUGAGCGUCCAUUGAAAACUUACACUGUUGCAGUUCUGCUUCAGCAACAGUGUCACAGUCACAGCAGGGUGAGUGGGAUCUGCACAGUUACCCUGAGAGUCAUCAUCCCUCUGGGACACAUCGUCUGAUUUCAGGAUGGAAGCUCAUCGUGAGAAGAAAAACACAUGUGGGACAAUUUGCCUGAAGUAUCUACUUUUUCUCUUCAACAUUUGUUUCUGGCUGGCUGGAGGGGCCGUGUUGGCGGUGGGACUGUGGACUCUGGUGGAUAAGAGCGACUACAUCAGUUUGUUGAACUCCAGCUUCUACUCAGCCUCUGCUUCCAUCCUGAUAGUCGCUGGAGUCAUUGUGACUUUGACUGGAAUAAUCGGAUGCUGCGCCACUCUGAAUGAAAAGAGGAGCCUAUUGAUUGUGUAUUUGGUGUUGCUGCUGUGUGUCUUUCUGCUGGAAAUCACAGCUGGAGUCCUGGCUUAUGUUUACCAACAACAGUGUUUCCCUUUCUGCUACCAGCUGGAUGAUGAGCUCAGACAGAACCUAAAGUUAAACAUGCAGCAGAAAUACCUGCAACCAGGCCAGGAGAGCAUCACACUGUCUGUUGACAAGCUACAACAAGAGUUUAAAUGUUGUGGGAGUCACAACUUCUCCGACUGGAGAGACAGUGAGUGGAUCCAGAGAGAAAAAACUCAACAGCUCGUUCCUGACAGCUGCUGUAAAACUCCCAGUACCCUCUGCGGUCGCAGAGAUCAUCCAUCCAACAUCUACAGGGAGGAGGGAGGAUGCAUUGAGAAACUAGAGGAUUACAUCAGAAGCCAGUUGUAUAUUCUUGGGGGAGUGGGUGUUGGGAUUGCAUUUCUACAGCUUGUAGGGAUGAUGUUCACCUGCUGCCUUUGUCAAAACCUGAAGGAAGACCUGUACUAACGUUGGACCCUUUUAAUAUCACAUUCUUGACUGUGUAACUUUUAGUUGAAUGAUAUAAAACCCAACACUUCCCACGA